UUGAUGGACCCAGGCUUCUUCUGGACAGAGCGAUUGUGAUACAGUUCGUUUCUUCCACCCCCCCUCCCUCUCUUUCUCUCUGUCAGUGUUAUUUUUGGAAAGCUCAUGUCCCUCCUCCGAAGUUUCAGCUCAGCAGCAGGUUGUAUUUCACAGGCUCCAGCUGAUGGGAACCAUGCCUUGUCACUGCGCGCCGCCGCUGGGGAAGCAGCAGAGAACCUUAAUUUGAAAUUAAGGAAGAGAAGUUCAGCCCAAGGUAUUGAACAGACAGCAAUAGAGAAAGUUGGACUGAGUUACGAUGGGAGAAUGGAACUUCCUCAGCGAUCUCCUCGAUUCCGUCCAGAGCCACUCGCCUAUGCUGGGUCGCAUUUGGCUUCUCCUGAUGAUAAUUUUCCGGAUGCUCGUUCUGGCCACGGUGGGCAGUGACAUUUUUGAGGACGAGCAAGAGGAGUUUGCCUGCAACACGCUGCAGCCGGGGUGUAAACAGGUCUGUUACAACAAGGCCUUUCCUAUUUCACCUUUCAGGUUCUGGGUGUUCCACAUUGUGAUUCUGUCCAUCCCAACCCUACUGUUUGUGGUCUAUGCUGUGCACCAGUCCUCGAAGGAUAAGAAGCCAGAGAACGUUAGCAUCAUCGAAAGUAAAGGGCUGGCCUCUGAAGGGCCAAGAUUACAGAAAUUCUACUUGAUUCAAGUGAUUCUGCGUCUGCUCACUGAGAUCGGCCUCGUCGUUUGUCAGUUUUUAAUAUAUGGCUUUACGAUCGAACCCCAGUUUCUCUGCACCGGCUUCCCAUGCCCUCACACUGUGGACUGUUUUGUUUCCCGUCCAAUGGAGAAGACAGUGUUUUUAAUGUUCUACUUCGUAAUUGGUGUCCUUUCUGCAAUUGUUAGCUUUGUAGAAUUGGUCCACGUUAUUCGCAAAUUGUUUUAUCGGAAGCCACUGAAAGCCUGCGAGCAACAAAACCGGUCAAACAGUGACUAUGAGAAAGGUAGGGAUCCCCACGCAGUCCGGCUGAUAGAGAAGAAAAGUGCAAUCAGUUGCAACACCAACGAUUCUGACAUAGAGUCUACUCACAAGAGCAAAUCAUUAGACAGCAGUAACAGUGCAAGAUCCUCACGGUCAAGUACAAAGAAACCCCCUCUUCAUAUCUAAGAGGAAGUGGUGUAGGAUCUGAUUGGUCAUGGACUUUCAUACUGAACAACUUUUAAGCAAAAAAUAAGUGACAGAGACUGAAAUCUUAACAAGUGCAAAAUCAGGUCUGAUCAGAACCUUCUGUGGGUCAAUGGAGACAGAACAAACUUAACUGUUCAUUCAACUCCACUUGCUGUCUGUCCACAUGCUUGUGAUUUUAUUUUGGUUGACCUAAUCAUUUCUGUGGUGAUGGAAAGGAUUGCUGUUGAAUAGUGGAAGUUGUUAAAGUUAACAAGGUAUUCUGGAAAUUGAUGAUCACCUUUGUUUAAAGGGCAGGGAGAAUAUUUCCUCAGGGAGUGAUGUGUUGGGAUGGGGAUGGGGUGACAGGUUGGGGGAAGGGGUUUGGUUGGUGGCUUAAGUGAUUUCGUCGAGUCCCUAAUUCAACAGACUGUAGCAGAUUAUGUUAGAUCUGUGAAGUAGCUGCCAAUGGAGAUUAUUUUCUUAAACUCGUACAGAAAACACCUUUCCUUUCCUUUUACUAAUUACAGUGCCUGAUAAAUCUACAGGGACCUCACUGAAACAGAAUGGGCAUUAGGAGUAGCCUACUGGGGCAAGAGCCUACAAGCUGUAGCCACACUAUGUUGGCAGUGGUCACUUCAUUGACUUAGUAGCUAACAUGAAUGUGUGAGUGUGCAAAUGUCUCACAAUUCAAGCUGGGUCUGGUUAGUUUUAGCUGGGGAUUUGCAGGAAGGGUAUUUAUGGAGGAGGGUGUUGGCUAGGGCUGCUCAGGGCGGUACAGUGGCUCAGUGGUUAGCACUGCUGCCUCACAGUGCAAAGAACCCAGGUUGAA